CUAAACAGUCUUUUGGGCUUGGAGCCGGAGACAAACUGUAAUAAAAUUGAACCGCUCAAGACUUCCGUAAAAACAAUAGUUAUUAUUAUUAAAAUUAGUAGAUAGUAAGGUACGAACAGCCUUGCGUGGUGAUAGUUACGUUAAAAAUUUCAGUAUCUUAUAAAUAUCUAAUAACAAAAUAAUAUUAAAUAAAUUCGGAAAAGAUGACGUUUCUGCACGGGAGUGCAUCGGAAGAGCUCGUCUCUGACUUGGUGCGCAACAGAGAGAUAUGCCACUGAGGCCCCACGUAUACACAUAUGUCUGUCAGGAGCCUCCAUCGCCGGGUGUCUGGACCCGGGGGAUACGUGCACCACUUCUACAACCAAGACGGAGAGAAGACAUUACUCAUUACAAAAGCUAGGUCAGCGGAGCAGUCUGUCAUAUGGAGAGACGGAGGUGGUGGCGGCUGCGUCGAAGGCGGCGGUGGCGGAGUUGGAAGUGGUGGAGGUGGCGCGGACCGUCGCGGAACAAGUGCUCGUCGCGCACCCAGUCUCCGACUGGCCAACGGUCGUGUUGCUGCCGCUCAGUCCGAAGAAGAAAUCCGUUCACCACCGCCGCGUCGGCUUGCCAAGGAUGACUCGAUCAAGAUCAGUAUCGAAAACACCAACACGUGCACUGAUUCGCUGGUCACCGCGCUAGACGACGAGACGCUACUCAUACAGGAUUUUUUAUCCAACGAUAUGAAUUACAAAGGCAGUGGAAAAGUGCACUUCGGGGUGGACGAUGUGUCGCUUUACGGCACCCCAAAGGAAGAACCAGGGCCGACCCCGCUGGGGUCGGCGGAGGUCAAGCAAAGCUUCCUCAAAAACCAACUGCAAGCUCUCUUCCAACCAACGGAUAAUAAGUUGGCAAUGAAACUUUUCGGAUCGAAGAAGGCGCUUAUGAAAGAACGAAUCCGACAAAAGGCCUCCGGUCAUUGGGUCAUACAUCCAUGUUCCAGUUUUCGGUAAGUGAUUUGAAAAUUGUUUCUAGUUUCUAAACUUAUUUACCGAA